UACUCGCACACAAAGAUACCAAGCACGCACACACACACACAGAGACCCAUUCGCAUUCAUCGUACGAUCGUCGCUCGCUCGUUCGCUUCGUACACUUCGGGAAACGUUUAAUCGCGCUGCACUCAGAACCUGACAGCCAUUCGCUUGCCGUAACUCGUAGCGUGCGGUUGCUUCUCCCACAUAAGCGGAAGAAACACCAAAUCAACUCUCUACAAGCAAAAAAUAUCAUAACGUAUUUUUUACGUAGUUUCUCGUUGUCGCGUUUGUGCGAAAGUGAAAAGAAGUGAUCUUGAAACGGAAACUAAACAAAAAUAAACUGCAUUACAAGCACUACAAAUAAAAGCAGAGCAACCAAAAAACUACAAGCAAAAAAAAACUGAGAAAAGUGCGCAGCAAAUUUGUACAUUUGCCGCCAGUGAAAGCAAAAUUAAAUAAGAACCAAGAACAAAAGAAUCAAACUGUGUCUUAAACUGCAUAAACAGUAUAUCGCCGAUAUCGAAAUGGUUACCGGCGUCACCUCAAACAUGAGUCCCAAUGUUCUGGGCACCGCUGUGGUGCCCACCCAGCUCAAGGAGACCCCCAUCAAAAGCGAUCGUCGGUCGAAUAAGCCUAUUAUGGAGAAACGUCGCCGUGCACGUAUUAACAAUUGUUUGAACGAGCUAAAGACGCUGAUUCUGGAUGCGACCAAAAAAGACCCGGCGCGCCAUUCCAAGCUGGAGAAGGCCGACAUUCUGGAGAAGACAGUGAAGCAUCUGCAGGAGCUGCAACGUCAACAGGCCGCCAUGCAGCAAGCAGCCGAUCCCAAGAUCAUUAACAAAUUCAAGGCGGGCUUUGCCGACUGUGCCAAUGAGGUGAGCCGCUUUCCCGGUCUCGAGCCAGCCCAGCGUCGCCGUCUGCUGCAGUAUCUGAGCAACUGCAUCAAUGGCGUCAAGACCGAACUGCAUCAUCAGCAGCGCCAACAGGCUGUCGCCCAGGCGCAAUCACUGCACGCCCAGGUGGUGCUGCCCUCGCCGCCCAGCUCCCCGGAACAGGAGCCGCCAGCAGCAACAAAUGGCUCCAGCAGCAACAUCACAUCAGCGACGACGACGGCGCCCUAUCUUUUUGGCCAGAUCCAGCAGAAUGCGAACGGUUACUUUCUGCCCAAUGGCAUGCAGGUGAUACCCACCAAGUUGCCCAACGGCAGCAUUGCGCUCGUGCUGCCCCAGAGCUUGCCCCAACAGCAGCAGCAACAGCUGCUCCAGCACCACCAGCAACAACAGCUUGCCGCAGCAGCAGCAGCAGCCGCUGCCGCCGCCGCAGCCGCCGCCCAUCAACAGUCACCGCUGCUUGUGUCCAUGCCACAGCGGACGGCCAGCACCGGAUCCGCCAGUUCGCAUUCAUCGGCGGGUUACGAGUCGGCGCCGAGCAGCAGCAACAGCUAUGCACCACCAAGUCCCGCUAACUCCUCGUACGAGCCCAUGGAUGUGAAGCCGUCGGUUAUUCAGCGUGUGCCCGCACAGCUGGAACAGCAGCCACUGUCGCUGGUCAUCAAGAAGCAGAUCAAGGAGGAGGAGCAGCCCUGGCGGCCCUGGUAAAGAGAGCCAGGUGCUCCACAUUGAAUCUCUCCACUCCACUCCACUCCAAACCCCACCAACCACUCCCACACCCCCACCCCCCGCUUUAAAGACUGAUGGGCGUCGCACACACACACACACACACACUCACACACACACACAACACUCACUCAAUCACACACACACACACACAUUUCAUCACAUUUCGCCAGGAUAACGCAAAUGUUGCUUUGAGAUGUUCCGAGCAUGCGAAACUCCUUUCUUUUUUUUUGUUUUGUACACAAUUCGCUGAGCAACUUUUCCCCAAUAUGGAAAACGCUUAGCGAGCUGUUGACACUCAUUAAGAAGAUCUUCACACACACACACACACACACACAACACAUACUAAAAUUGUUAUAAUUUAUUUAUUAUUAUUAUUAAAUGUGAAUUCAUUGCUCAGAAUGGUAUUCUGCAUAUCGCCAAACUACCUCAGUCCAAAAGUACUUGGUGUUGAAUUGCCUCAUGAA